GGCAGGACGUUCACCUGCUUCGCCCGGAGGCUGAACAAGAAGAGCAAGCCGAGCGGAGGCGGCCUGCCGGAUGAAGACGCCGGAUUUGAACCCACCACCUGCGCCUGCUCCACCUCAUAUCCCCUCAACUGGAACCACCCCGAGACCAUGAGCCAUCAGACCCAGGGACUGCUGCCAUCCCAGGCGCGGAGAAACCACACCCCGUCUUCACCCAACGCCGCCAAGAGACUCUAUCGGAACCUCUCCGAGAAGCUCAAGGGAAGCCACGCCUCCUUCGACGAGACCUACUUCCGGGCCAGGACGGAGCGGCUCAGUCUCAGAAAGACCUCCGUGAACCUCCAGGGCAACGAAGCGAUGUUCGAGGCUGUGGAGCGGCAGGAUUUGGAUGCAGUGCAGGGCCUCCUGGACCACUACACGGUGGAAGAGCUGGACCUGAAUACGCCGAACAGCGAGGGCCUGACCCCCCUGGACAUUGCUGUCAUGACCAACAACGUGCCCAUCGCCAAGACGCUGCUGCGGAGCCAGGCCAGGGAGAGUCCUCACUUUGUGAGCCUGGAGAGCAGGUCGCUGCUCCUCAACACGCUGGUGCAAGAAACCCAGCAGAGAGUGGCCGAGCUGGCCUCGCAGGUGGAGCACAAGGGCUCGGGCCCGGACGGGGCUGGGAAGGAGAAGCAGCUGAAAGCCUGGGAGUGGAGAUACCGACUGUACAAGCGCAUGAAAGCGGGCUAUGAGCACGCCAGAGCCCCUGAGGCCCCGACCUGCGUCUGCCUCACGGUGACCGGAAGCACAUCGCUCACCGUCACCUUCCAGGAGCCGCUUAGCGUCAACGCAGCCGUGGUGACCAAGUACAGAGUGGAGUGGAGCUGCUCUAGAGACUUCUCCCCCGUGGCUGGGGAAAUCAUCGUGGAUCAAGUGCAGGCUCUGCGGUGUUCCAUAACUGGGCUCACCACGGGGCAGAUCUACUUCAUCCGAGUGUCGGCUCACAACAUGAAGGGAUGGGGGCCGGCUCAGACGGCGACUCCAGCUUCCGCCGCUCCUUCCAACUGGAAGGAUUGCGACGGCGGAGAGUCCCGGCCUCGGGGCCGGAUAGAGGCCCUGGAAGCCCUGCUGCAGGAGGUCCAGGCCGUCCACCGGCCGCCCAGCUGCCGGGAAAACUCCAAGUUGCCAACUCCGGGCCGCAAGCAGUCGGUUUCCAGGAGCCUGAAGCACCUUUUCCACUCUUCCAAUAAAUUCGUGAAGACCCUGAAACGGGGACUCUACAUCGCCGUUAUAUUUUAUUACAAAGACAAUAUGUUAGUCACCAAUGAAGAUCAAAUACCAAUUGUGGAAAUAGACGAUUCUCACACCAGCAACAUCACCCAAGAUUUUCUGUGGUUCACAAAGCUCUCUUGCAUGUGGGAAGACAUCCGGUGGCUGAGACAGAGCAUGCCCAACUCCAUGUCUUCGUCUACCGCCCUGCAGGCCCGACAGAAGAUGCUUGCCGCCACGGCCCAGCUACAGAACCUACUUGGAACCCACAACCUAGGAAAAGUUUACUACGAGCCCAUCAAGGACCGCCAUGGAAACAUGCUCAUUGUCACCAUAAGGGAGAUGGAGUCGCUCUAUUCCUUCUUUAACGGCAAAUGGAUGCCCAUAGCCAAGCUCCAAAGCCAGAGAAAAUCCCUCUCUACUCCCGAGGAGCCGACGGCCCUGGACAUUUUAUUCAUCACUAUCCAGGAUAUCCUGGCCUAUCAGAAGAGGAGCCAGCAGCGUCUCGCCGCCGGACUGUACCUCGGUUACCUGAAGCUGAGCAGUUCGGUGGACCAGAUCAAAGUUCUGGUCACUCAGAAACUUCCCAACAUCCUCUGCCAUGUCAAGAUCCGCGAGAACAGCAACGUGUCCAAGGAGGAGUGGGACUGGCUGCAGAAACACUGUGGUUCCGAAGCUGCGGAGAGUUUGGCUCAGGCUGCAGAGUCCCCUUCGCCAUCGUUCUUCAAGGAGCUCGGGGUGGCAGUGAGAGCGCUGCUCAGGCAGACCAGCCUGCCUCUUCAACAGGCGAAGCACUUCCGUCUGUACACACAGGAGGUGUUGGAACUGGGCCACAAUGUUUCCUUUCUUCUCCUGCUCCCUCCCUCUGACGAAGUCUGCACGGCCCCGGGACAGACUAACCCUUACCCCCCCCAUUCUGGAUUUCUGCACCUCCCUCUUCAGAUGUUUGAACUGGUUCACUUCUGCACUUACAAGGAGAAAUUCAUCAGCCUGUAUUGCCGCCUCUCUGCUGUCGUGGACCUGGACGCUCUGAGCACCCAGCAGUCACUGAGGGAAGCCAUCUCAGACGGUGAACUUUCGGCAGCCAAACAGAGACACCAGCAGGUUUUGGAUUACACACAGCAAAUCGACGAAACCUGGCGUGAGAUGCGGUGGAUCAUGGAAGCCCUCCAAUACGCCAGGUUCAAGCAGCCCGCGGCCGGCCUGCCCAUCUCGAGGCUCAUCGACCUCUCCGAGGAGCCGAACCACAACAAGGGGAACUCCUCCUCCUCUCAGAUAGACCGUCUCCCCUCCCCGCCCCCGUCGCCCUCGCCCGAGACCCGAAGAAGGAAGGCCGUGAGUGAUUCCCAGCCCUGCUCAGACGAAGAAGGUUGCUCGGAAGUCUUCCUGCCCACGGACAGCGACUACGAUUCCAGUGAUGCCCUGAGCCCACGGGAGCUGGAUCUGGUGUACCGGUCCUCCCAUGACAUCGCCCAGCAGGCCCUGCACGGGCUGAGCGGCAGCGCCCCCGACGUCCUCCAGGUCCCCGACGCCAAGGCCCCGCCGGCCCCGAGGGCCGCCGAGCCCCGCACCGACUCCCCGAACGACCUCGGCUCUGCGGGGCUCGGGGCCCAGGCUCCGGACGGGGUGGCCGCCGGCUCCCGGCCGCCCCCGCCGAGCCUGCUGGGACCAAGGAAGCUGGCCAGGCACCAGCGCUGUGGCUACUUCAGCCGCCACCACCGGUGGCUACAAGGGCGCAACGAGACACAGUCCCUCUCGCUCUCGGAGGGCGUGUACACCCAACGCCUCUCCCGAGCCGCCCCGCCGGGGGAACAGACCCGGGCACAGGGUGACGAGGAGCGCACCCUGUACCUGCCCCACACCACUUGCCUCCCCGAAGACGCCCAGUACCAGGCUGGAAGGCCCACCGUGCGGCAGAUCUACAGGGAACCUUCCCCCACGGCCCUCGUGUGCAGCGGGGGUGAGCCGUGGGGGCCGGACCCGCCCGCCGGGGGACGGGGCCACCUGCCCAGCCCCCCUGGCUCAGAAACAAGCCCAGAAAGCCGGGUGGCAGCUCGGAGGGCAGCUAGGGGAACGGUUCAGGGAGCAGCUCAAGGAGCAGAGGUGUUCAACAGUGUGCUCUAGGGCUCGGCGUCGGACCCUCCCCAUCCCGCCCUCAACCUCCCUGUCCUUCCCCGCCUCUCAGCAUAAAACAAAACCCCAAGAACUUUCCCCAUUCUAUCCUUCCCAAGCUUCA